AUGUGGUCGUCUUUGCAGUAUGCCCUGCUCCUCUGCUUAGCAGGUGCAAAUGCUUUGCCUCAUAUUGCGGAGCGGGAUAUCCCCGCGGACCAGCUCACACAAUUCAAGCUGUUAGCUCAAUACGCCGGAGCAGCCUAUUGUUACACCAAUGUGCAUAGCACUGGAAAGAAGGUUUCCUGCUCUGUAGAUGGCGGUUCCUGCCCAGCAGUCGAGUCGUCCCAGACAUCCAUCACCGCAUCUUUCAUAGCUGGUGGUACUAGGACAACAGGCUAUGUCACGGUGGAUGAUACGCAUAAGCUCAUCGUUGUGUCCAUCCAAGGAACAUCCAUCUCAACCAACCCCAUUGAUGUUCUGACCAAUCUCGAUGUUGAGCGGGACAAGACCUCUAUCUGCGGGACGGCCAACAAGAAUGAUGGAUGUUCGAUUCACGGGGGUUUUAAUAACGCCGCUAAUGACGCUUUGGGUCCUGUCAAGGCAGCUGUUGCGACUGCUAAGGCUGCACACCCUGAUUAUAAAAUUGCAACGACAGGCCAUUCUCUUGGAGGCGCUGUGGCCGCGAUUUUGGGAGCCUUACUUAGGAACAGUGGGAACAAUGUUGAUAUUGUAAGAACCCCCUUCCAUGAACUCGAAAAUAUUCAGCUCAGCACUAACACUCCAAAGUACACAUUCGGCCAACCCCAUAUCGGCACGGUUGACAUCAACAACUAUAUCCAAAGCCAAGCCCCCGCUAAGGGCAACAACUACCGUGUAACCCACUUCAACGAUAUUGUCCCACAACUACCACCUCACUUCCUAGGUGACUGGGACCACUUCUACCCAGAGUUCUGGAUCAACCUAAAAUCUGGCAACGUUGGUGCGACCAAUGUCAAGGUUGUUCAGGGCAGUCUCUACUCGACGGCUGGUAAUGAAGGCGCGACUACGGGGAGAGGUAUCAUUGCGGAUAUUAUCGCGGGAAUUCCGGCGCAUGAUGACUAUUUUGGGGAAGUUUCAACAUGUUAG